GCGGUCAUAUACGUCCUGGGAGGUCUUAGUGUGAAUAUGCACUUAACUGGCGCCUAUAUUGGCAGUAACCGCGAAGGGUGCAGGUGCAGACUGGCGGGUUGGGGGUUUUCUGUUCUCGGCCUAGUUUUUUUUACGGGUGGACAAGAAAAUGCCACGUGUCAAGAGUGGAUCACGGAGCAAGAAGAAACAAGAUGGCACGCAGGGCGAUGACGAUGCAGCACACCCACUCGUUAAAGGGCAACAAGGAAGCCGAGGAGGGGCUAUGGACAAGUCGGGAUCGGGGGCGACGGGCUCGUCCAUGCCCGUACAGUCACCAGGUGCGGGCAGAUCGGGAUCGGGGGCGAUAGUGAUCAACAAGCAUGCGCUCGAAGGAAAAUCAAUGGAAUUAGAACUGAUGGAUGGGGCCGAUGGGGCGGACGUCUCUUGUGGGGCACAAGUCUGGGUACAUCCGACGGUCAUGGUUAAUCAGGCGGUAUCGGCCGGCGACUUGAUUGCGUUCGCUCACUUCAUUCGACAGGAUGACGCCACCUUCUUUAUGGUGGACGUGACGGAUCUCUUACACUAUGAUCCACCCUGUCUCGACGCCGAGCUCAUCCCUCUGAAGCCAGAUCCUCCCUCUAUCUCCAUGGCUCCCAUCUCUACUUCCGUCCCUCCGCCGUCCGUCGAGUCCACCCCGCCGUCGCGCGCUGACGCUGACGCUGAGGAACUCGCACGGUAUACGGCUGACUUGGAGCCCGCAGUUCGUGACCUCAUCCUAGAGUACCACGACGUUUUCCCAUCGUCGUUCUCGUACGCCGGCAUCCCACCGAUGCGUGACGUCGAGCACUCCAUUCAGCUUGUGCCUGACUAUCGUGUUCACCACCAGGCACCCUACAGACUCUCGAUCCCCGAGGCCAUCGAACUCAAGCGUCAGCUUGAGGAGCUCCUGAGAUUGGGUUUCAUUAAACCCAGCAACUCCCCGUGGGGUGCACCCGUCCUCUUUGCUCGCAAAGCGGACGAAACUCUCCGUCUCUGCAUCGACUAUCGCGGUCUCAACCGCUACACGGUUAAGAACAACUACCCCAUGCCUCGUUCCGAUGAGCUGUUCGACCGUCUAGCAGGCAACUGCUUCUUUAUGAAGAUUGAUCUUCGUAGCGGUUACCAUCAGAUCCGCGUCGCUGCAGCCGACCACCCGAAGACUGCGUCCCGAUCGCGAUUCGGCCACUACGAGUUCACGGUGAUGCCAUUCGACCUCACUAAUGCUCCGGCUACCUUUCAGAGGGCGAUGAACGACAUCUUCAGGGACAUCCUGGAGGAGUACGUUCUCGUCUACCUCGACGAUAUCCUGGUCUAUAAUCGUACCCUUGAGGAGCACCUCAGACAUAUCCGCGACGUCUCCCUGGGCCCAACUGGUGGGCCUUUAAGCGAGCAGGACAUGCACUCCCAAUCGCUGCACAUGAAUUGCGCAAUGGAGUACCGAGUGGCAGUUGGGAGGCCGCAGUCUGGAGGGGGUGACAAGUGUGAAGUAGGUGUUGAAAAGCCAGGCGCUUUUGUGGCCAUCGGAUCGGUAUGGCCUUCCUCGAAGUUGCUUCGCUCUGGCGCCAGACUGUCGCGGCAGCUCGCUUCCAGCCUUGGUUGCCCUCCGGCUGGGGCAUCCCUCAUCCUUUAUCCACUCCAAUUGCUGUCGCCUGAGAAGUACCCUGAGGCACUCAACCCCACAGAGAGGAAGGGAAACAUGUCUCAAGUCACCUCCACACCGAAGUCCGGGCUUAGUCGUCGUGUAUGCGAUGGUGGUGAGCCGUCGUUGGAGAAUAGCAGCAAUGAUUCUGUCCUGGCAUCUCCAGGCAGUGUGGUUGGGUUGUACACGGACUCUGUGGCAUCAGAAAGGCAUGCUGGAGAUGGAAAACCAGUUGGUGCAAUCGUGCGUCCCUGCUCGCAGCUCAAGGUGGAAUGGUGUCCCCCAGUGAUCCUGAAUCGAUCUGCUGUGCAACCAUCUUUUCCGCCAACGCCGGCAACUCCCCCCUUGAGCCACCCAGAGCACAGGGUUACUCCCCUGAGGUCCCCAACUCGGACACCUCAGUGUGGGACCCCGCAGCCUGGAAUGUCCACUGGCACCCCUGCUCCAACGGCUAGUCCCUCGAGCCCUUCGCUCUGGAUGAGAACUCCACAGAAGGCACAAGGAAGAGCUCAGGCAGAUUAUUGUGACAGUCCUGCCACCCCAAAGUCUGUGGAAAGUAAGGGCACUCCCGCCGGCCGCACCAUGGGAAAGAACGGCAAAGGUACAAGAGAUGAUCCUUCGGAAUGGGAGGCAGUGCAGGUGCUUCUGACCAAAGGUGCAGAGAGGGAGAAGAAUCUGAUCGGUGUUAUGAUCGCGCGAUGGCUCAACGGUCGGCACCUUCUUGAGGAUAAUGUGGUCGUGGUUUCUGUCUGUGGAAAAGAGUGUGUGUUCAGAGUACAGGAGGCUCAUUCUGUGCAAGGGAGCCGUUUGCUGGGUGGACUGCACAGGUCCUGUAUUGAGCUCUUCAAACUUGACCAUAGGACAGAGAUCAUAAUCAGCGCCGUAGGGGAGGAGGCUGUGAAGGGCCUUUCCUUGACCACAGCCAAGGAACACACAUCUGUGGCUAACAAGAGUGGAUCACGUGCUGACAACGAUGCAGUGUUGAAGGCCGUGGCCGCCUCGAAACUGGAGGUUGUCCCGGGAAAUGCAGGGUUUCGCAUGGUGGGGGGUUUAUCUUCUCAGAUAGCAGCCUUGAGAGAGAUGGUGGAGCUUCCCCUGAAGAACCCGGAGAUGUUUGGGAGGUAUGGCAUCCGUCCCCCGCGGGGAGUUCUCCUGUAUGGCCCACCUGGGACAGGGAAGACACUGCUUGCAAAAGCCAUAGCCAAUGAGUUUGAUGCAUCCAUGUACGUAAUCAAUGGGCCUGAGAUUGUGAGUGAAUACUAUGGAGAAAGUGAGUCUGCACUGCAGGCCAUUUUUGCAGAUGCUGAGAGAUGUGCACCAUCAGUGAUUUUCAUUGAUGAAAUCGACGCAAUUGCACCGGCACGUCAGAAGGGUUCGGAGGAGUUCACUCAGAGGAUGGUAGCAGCCCUGCUUACUCAACUUGAUGGAGGCGGAGCAGGCAGGGAUGGCAAUCGUGUUGUGGUUAUCGCUGCAACCAAUCGCCCGGAAUCGAUCGAUCCGGCGCUCCGACGACCUGGGAGGUUUGAUCGGGAGCUUGAAAUAGGUGUCCCAUCACCAGCUAGCCGCUUGGAAAUUCUGCAAGCCCUUUUAUGCAGGAUGCCACAUACUUUGACAGAUGCGGAUUGCAGAUACCUGGCCUCGGCAACCCAUGGCUUUGUAGGUGCUGACCUGGCGGUGCUCUGCAAUGAGGCAGCCAUCUCAGCACUGCGGCGAAUCAUAAAGUCGAGGAGUGAUUCGUUACCAGCAGCGCAUACUUUGUUGCGGAAACCACCAGGAGAUUCCGGAUCUGGUCAGGCAGUCAGCGGUUCGAUACUUGGCACAAGGGAGGAGAAUGGGAGAAGAGGGUCAUAUGGGGAAGAGCUGUCAGUUCCUGCAGACAGGAUGAAGGAUGCAAAAGACCAGUGUUGCAUGUCUGGCAAUUUCCGCGCAGAGAUUGAGCAAGAGACGGGCAAGGAGGAAGGAAAUGCAGCCCAGUCCAGGGUCCAACCAACUGGGGAGAUUUCUGCAGUUUGCAAUGGCAAUGGUGGAGGAGGAUCUGAACUUGAAGUGGAGCUGAAGCAGCUGGCUCAGCCAUCUUGUCCUUUGGAUUCUGUGUCGCUAACUCUCGCAACUGCUCAGUCUAGCUUCUCUCCCUCGUUUUCAUCGUCACUGACAUCAUCCACUUCAUCGACAUCUUCUCAUGUUUCUUCUUUCUCGCCUGCGCCUGCUCACCUUUCCCUCUCUUCCUCAGGCAUACCCUGUGAGGAUAACAUUGCAUCAGGCCUAAGAAUCUGCAGACAAGAUAAGGCAGAGGACAAGAUUGCAAAUGGAGUUGAGGAUGAGAUUGCGCACUUGGCAAAGUCUUUCCAAUCUUUGUUGCUUUCAGAACAGACAGUUGACCUUCAGGAUUUCGAGCUGGCGAAAGCACGUGUUCGGCCAAGCGCAAUGCGAGAGGUGAUGCUCGAAGUUCCGGCGGUCAGGUGGGCUGAUAUCGGUGGCCAAGAGGACAUAAAACAGCGCCUGAAGGAAGCAGUGGAGUGGCCACAGAAGCAUGCGCUGGCGUUUGAGAGAGUGGGUGCAAAACCACCCAAAGGAAUUUUGCUGCAUGGCCCGCCAGGCUGCAGCAAAACAAUGAUGGCCAGGGCUGUGGCUACUGAAGCUGGAUUGAAUUUCAUCGCUGUCAAGGGGCCAGAGUUAUUCAGUAAGUGGGUAGGAGAGUCGGAGAAAGCAGUGCACACACUCUUUGCCAGGGCACGCGCAUCUUCGCCAUCCAUUGUGUUUUUCGAUGAGAUCGAUGGUCUAGCCGUUGCCAGGAGCAAUGGGAAGGAAGACGGCGCUUCUGCUGUGAGCGAUCGCGUCAUGAGUCAGCUAUUAAGCGAAAUGGACGGUCUAAGUCCCCUGUGUGGAGUGGUGGUCAUCGCAGCAACGAAUCGCGUCGACAUCAUUGAUCCUGCCCUUCUGAGACCCGGACGUUUUGACAGGCUGCUGUUCGUGGGUCCUCCGGACAUGGCCACCAGGGAGAAGAUUUUUGAGGUGCAUACCAGAAAGAUUCCUCUAUCAAAUGAUGUCAACAGGCGGGAGCUUGCUGAACUCACUGUGAAUUUCACCGGUGCUGACAUUGCUGCUGUCUGUAGAGAGGCUGCCAUGGCUGCUUUGGAGGAGGACCUCGAUACAGAGGAAGUUUGUAUGAGGCACUUCAAGGCUGCCUUGCCCCUUGUCUUGCCUUCGUCAUGAAGGGUCGAACGCAUGCGACAACGUUUGCGCCAUGGAUCAUCUGAAACUCUCAGAGUCUGACCAAAAUGUCUGUCAGAUCUGCAAGGUACUAAAUGUUUGUCGCUUGUUGACAUUUUCAGUGCCGAGGUUGCGGUAUGCUGAGCAACGUUCAGUGUAUGCCGAGUUUUUUUUUUUUUUUUUUUCCUUUUUGCGUUUCAUCCUUUCACAGGUCUAUGCUAUAAUCUUCUCUGUACCUUUCCAAUUUUAAAGGAUGUAUCGAGUAAUUGUUCAGUGACUUGAGUUUGUCUUUUUGGUAACGAUGCCGCACAAUUGUCUUUGUACUAAGUUUGUAGGUUUUCAAAUUCCUUGCUGAAGUCAUUUUCUGUGGGGGGGGUUACGGUUUUUUGUAGGGUUUUUGGUAGGGUUUUUGGUAGGGUUUUUGGUAGGGUUUUGUAGGGGUUUGGGUAGGUUCUUUGUAUCUAGGAGGGUUUCUUGUGUUUUGUUUUUAAGGAUCUUUUGUAGUAGGGUUUGUUUUACUUCUUUGCUGAAGUUGUAGAAAGUCCGUGAGGGUAUUUCCGACCUUUUUUUUUUUUUUUUUUUCCUGCCACUCUCCUGUGGUCCUCUUCGGUCUACAGAGAGACUAGAUUUUCUAAAUUUUCUGGUGGAAUGUUUAGUGUGGGGGUAGGCGAAAAGAGGUACGGUGUUUUAGAACAUCAUAUUCGAAAUUGUUAAUUUUGAAGGUUGCAAAUUGCGAAGUAUCAUUAGAACAUGUGGUGUUUUUCAGAGAAUAAAAUUUGUCAACCGUU